GCACUGUGAGCCACAAGCCUGGGCUUCCACCUGGGCCAGUGUGCUUCAGUCUGUAGGUGACUGCAGAAGGAGGAGGAGCUCCAUCUGUACUCUCUUCAGGCAGUUGUGUCUCUCAGUGCUUGUUGUGUUCACACCUAUUAAAUAAGCUGGCUGGUCUUCACCCGCCAAGAGAAGUCAACUCAUGGGAGGUGGCAGGGUACAGGCAUUGGCCCAAGCCGUGGCUGGGGCCAGGCUGUGGUGUCGGCAGGCAAGCAGCAGACAAGACCAUCUCUGCAAGUGCAGCACAGCCUCAGCCUAGGGCAACGGGAGUGUGCGGCCAAAGCUGUGAGCAGAGGCACAGGUGGUGGCAGACAGGAGUAGAAGUGCCCCAUGGGGAACAUACUGACCUGUUGUGUGUGCCCCAGGGCCAGCCCUGAGUUGGACCAGAACCAGGGGUCAGUGUGUCCCUGUGAGUCUGAGACCUAUGAGGCAGCAGCUGGGGACAUGAUAGCAGGAGUGCCUGUGGCUGCUGCUGUAAAGCCUGGUGAGGUGACUUGUGAAGCUGAUUUACCUUUGGAGUCCAACCCUUCUGACCAUCCAGAGGCAAGCACAAUAUUCCUGAGAAAAUCUCAAACAGAUGGUAUCUACUGAGCAUUUUACUCAACAAUACAGUUCAUGUUCGACAAUAUUCCUUGAUGACAGCACUGCCAGCCAGCCUCAUCUUACAAUGACACUAAAAUCAUCAGUACAACUAUAAUGCCAAGGGACAGACUCCUUUAUUCAAAAAUUAUUUCAGCCAUUUGGUUGUACUCUUCAGCAAUCAGUUUAAGAAAUUGGAAUCAACUAUAUAUUGAUAUCCAGAUUCUAAAUAUUAAGUAUCAAUUUCUCUUUUAAUCUUAGAUGCCAUGGUGGAAGGAAAAAACAGCAAAUAAGCAAUCCCAGAAAAAGUGUAGCUAUUUAUUUGAUGCCUUUAUGCCUUAAGGCAAUGUUGAAUGCAAUGAGAAGGAUAGGUUCCCUUUAUUGAAUGAUUUUUGUGAAAUAUUAGUUUUUCAGUGCAUUGUAGGCCUAAAUCAAUGUGUAUUACUUUGGACAUUAGUCUUGGAAGAAGGAAUAGCUUUUUCUCUUCUGGCACCACAGUGUAUCUGCAUUUGAUUUUAUCCUAUUGUGCAUGAGCACCUCAUGGACCACAAAGAUGUGCUUUGAGAGCAUCCUGAGAUGAAGUUUAUUUUAAAAGGAACAACAACCAACACCACCACCAGCUCCACUGGGUUUGUCUAGUGUACAUCAUUAUCACCUCUUUGGGUUAUGAGUAUUUAUUUUUAGAACACAAUUUGGAAAGUGCUAAUUUAGAAUAUUAAUGUAUUCAUCUUUAACUUCACUUUUCAUUCUAUAAACAUAACUAGCUUAUAAACAAUUUUAUUUCAAAUGCUCUAGCAUUUUUCACCAAUUCAAUUGUCAGUCACUUUUACUUUAAUUAAAAAUGGCAGCUGGCUCCUGACUUGGAGACACCUCCCAGCAGGGGUUGAUAGACACCUCAUACAGGAAAGCUGGCAUUUGGCGGGUGCCCCUCUGGGACGAAGCUUCCAGAGGAAGGAGCAGGCAGCAAUCUUUGCUAUUCUGCAGCCUCUGCUGGUGAUACCCAGGAAAACGGUCUGGAGUGGACCUCCAGCAAACUCCAGCAGACCUGCAGAAGAGGCCUCUGAGUGUUAGAAGGAAAACUAGCAAACAGAAAGCAAUAACAUCAACAUCAACAUCAACAAAAAGGACAACAAUGCAAAAACCCCAUCAACAUCAAAAGGUCAUCAACAGCAAAGAUCAAAGGUAGAUAAAUCUAUGAAGAUGUGAAAAAACCAGCAUAAGAAUGCUGAAAAUGCUCAAAACCAGAAUGCCCCUUCUCCUCCAAAGGAUCACAGCUCCUCACCAGAAAGGGAACAAAACUGGAUGGAGAAUGAAUUUGACAAAUUGACAGAAGUAAUCUUCUGAAGGUGGGUAAUAACUAGCUCCUCCAAGCUAAAGGAGCAUGUUCCAACCCAAUGCAAGAAUGCUAAGAACCUUCACAAAAGGUUACAGGAACUGCUAACUAGAAUAAAGAGUUUAGAGAAGAACAUAAACGACCUGAUGGAGCUGAAAAACACAGCACAAGAACUUUGUGAAGCAUACACAAGUAUCAAUAGCACAAGAAAGGAUAUCAGAGAUUGAAGAUCACCUUAAUGAAAUAAAGUGUGAAGACAUGAUUAGAGAAAAAAAGAAUGAAAAGGACAAAACAAAGCCUCCAAGAAAUAUGGGACUAUAUGAAAAGACCAAAUCUAUGAUUGAUUGUUGUACUUGAAAGUGAUGGGAAGAAUGGAACCAAGUUGGAAAAUACUCUUUAGGAUGUUAUCCAGGAGAAGGUCCCCAACCUAGCAAGACAGGCCAGCAUUUAAAUUCAAGAAAUACAGAGAACACCACUAAGAUACUCCUUGAGAAGAGCAAUCCCAAGACAUAUAAUCAUCAGAUUCAGCAAGGUUGAAAUGAUGGAAAAAAUUUUAAGGGCAGCCAGAGAGAAAGGUCGGGUUACCUACAAAGGGAAGCCCAUCAGACCAACAGCAGAUCUCUCUGCAGCAACCCUGCAAGCCAGAAGAGAGUGGGGGCCAAUAUUCAACGUUCUUAAAGAAUGUUCAACCCAGAAUUUCAUAUCCAGCCAAACUUAGCAUCAUAAGUGAAGGAGAAAUAAAAUCCUUUACAGACAAGCAAAUGCUAAGGGAUUUUGUCACCACCAGGCCUGCCUUACAAGAGCUCCUGAAAGAAGCACUAAAUAUUGAAAAACUGGUACCAGCUGCUGCAAAAACAUAGCAAAAUAUAAAGACCAACGACACUAUGAAGAAACUGCAUCAACUAAUAUGCUAAAUAACCAGCUAGCAUCAUGAUGACAGGAUCAAAUCCACACAUAAUAAUAUUAACCUUAAAUGUAAAUAGGCUAAAUGCCCCCAUUAAAAGACACAGACUGGCAAAUAGGAUAAAGAGUCAAGACCCAUUGGUGUGCUGUAUUCAAGAGACCCAUCUCAUGUGCGGUGACACACAUGGGCACAAAAUAAAGGGAUGGAGGAAUAUUUACCAAGCAAAUGGAAAGCAAAAAAAGCAGGGGUUGCAAUUCUACUCUCUGAUAAAACAGACUUUAAACCAACAAAGAUCAAAAAAGACAAAGAAGGGUAUUACAUAAUGGUAAGGGGAUCAAUGCAAUAAGAAGAGCUAACUACCCUAAAUAUAUGUGUACCCAGUACAGGAGCACCCAGAUUCAUAAAGCAAGUUCUUACAGACCUACAAAGAGACUUAGAUGUCCACACGAUAAUAGUGGGAGACUUUAACACCCCACUGUCAAUAUCAGACAGAUCAGCGAGACAGAAAAUUAACAAGGAUAUUCAGGACUUGAACUCAACUCUGGAACAAGCAGAUCUAAAAGACACCUACAGAACUCUCCACCCCAAAUCAACAGAAUAUACAUUAUUCUCAGCACUUAUUCUAAAAUGGACCACUUAAAUGGAAGUAAAACACUCCUGAGCCAAUGCAAAAGAAUGGAAAUCGUAACAGUCUCUCAGACCAUAGUGCAAUCAAAUUAGAACUCAAGAUUUAGAAACUCACUCAAAACUGCACAACUAUAUGGAAUCUGAACAACCUGCUCCUGAAUGACUAUUAAGAACAACCUGCUCCUGAAUGACUACUGAGUAAAUAAUGAAAUUAAGGCAGAAAUAAAGAAGUUGUUUGAAACCAAUGAGAACAAAGACACAACAUACCAGAAUCUCUGGGACACAGCUAAAGCAGUAUUUAGAGGGAAAUUUGUAGCACUAAAUGUCCAGAUCAGAAAGUGGGAAAGUUCUAAAAUCAACACCCUAACAUCACCAUUAAAAGAACUAGAGAAGCAAGAACAAACAAAUUCAAAAAGCUAGCAGAAGAAAAGAAAUAUCUAAGAUCAGAGCAGAACUGAAGGAGAUAGAGACUCAAAAAUCCCCUCAAAAAAUCAAUGAAUCCAAGAGCCGGUUUUGUGAAAAGGUUAACAAAAUAGAUAGACUGCUAACCAGAUGAAUAAAGAAGAAAAGGGAGAAGAAUCAAAAUGAUACAAUAAAAAAUGAUAAAGGAUAUCAUCACCAAUCCCACAGAAAUACAGACUACCAUCAGAGAAUACUAUAAACACCUCUAUGCAAAUAAACUAGAAAAUCUAGAAGAAAUGGAUAGAUUCCUGGACACAUGCACCCUCCAAAGAUUAAACUAGGAAGAAGUUGAAUCCAUGAAUAGACCAAUAACAAGUUCUGAAAUUGAAGCAGUAAUUAAUACCCUAACAACUAAGAAAAGUCCAGGACCAGACGUAUUCCCAGUCAGAUUCUACCAGAGGUACAAAGAGGAGCUGGUACCAUUCUGAAACUAUUCCAAACAAUAGAAAAAGAGGGACUCCUGCCUAACUCAUUUUAUGAGGCCAGCAUCAUCCUGAUACCAAAACCUGGCAGAGACACAAUAGGAAAAGAAAAUAUCAGACCAGUACCCCUGAUGAACAUCAAACGUGGAAAUUAUCAUUUAAAUACUGGCAAACUGAAUCCAGCAGCACAUCAAAAGCUUAUCCACCAUGAUCAAGUCAGCUUCAUCCUUGGGAUGCAAGGCUGGUUCAACAUACGCAGAUCAAUAUAUGUAAUCCAUCACAUAAACAGAACCAAUGAGAAAAACCAUAUGAUUAUCUCAAUAGAUGCAGAAAAGGCCUUCAAUAAAAUUCAACACCACUUCAUGCUAAAAACACUUAAUAAACUAGGUAUUGAUGGAUAAUAAGAGCUAUUUAUGGCAAACCCACAGCCAAUAUCAUACUGAAUGGGCAAAAGCUGGAAGCAUUCCCUUUGAAAACCAGUGCAAGACAACGAUGCCCUUUCUCACCACUCCUAUUCAACAUAGUAUUGGAAAUUUUGGAAAUUCUGGCCAUGGCAAUCAGGCAAGAGAAAGAAAUAAAGCGUAUUUGAAUAGGAAGAGAGGAAGUCAAAUUGUCUCUGUUUGCAGAUGAUAUGAUUAUCUAUUUAGAAAACCCAAUUGUCUCAGUUCAAAAACUCCUUAAGCUGAUAAGCAACUUCAGUAAAGUCUCAGGAUACAAAAUCAAUGUGCAAAAAUCACAACCAUUCCUAUACACCAAUAAUAGACAAACAGAAAGCCAACUCAUGAGUGAACUCCCAUUCACAGUUGCUACAAAGAGAAUAAAAUACCUAGGAAUACAAUUUAAAAGGGAUGUGAAGGACCUCUUCAAGGAGAACUACAAAACAUGCUCAAGGAAGUAAGAGAGGACACAAACAAAUAGAAAAAUAUUCCAUGCUUAUGUGUAGGAAGAAUCAGUAUUGUGAAAAUGGCCACACUGGCCAAAGUAAUAUAUAAAUUCAAUGAUAUUUCGAUCAAGCUACCACUGACUUUCUUCACAGAAUUAGAAAUACUACUUUAAAUUUCAUAUGGAACCAAAAAAGAUCUUGUAUUAGCUAAGAAAAUCCUAAUCAAAAAGAACAAAGCGGGAGGCAUCACGCUACCUAACUUCAAACUAUACCACAAGGCUACAGUGGCCAAAACAGCAUGGUACUGGUACCAAAACAGAUGUAUAGACCAAUGGAACAGAACAGAGGCCUCAGAAAUAAUGCCACACAUCUACAACCAUCUGAUCUUUGACAAACCUGACAAACACAAGCAAUGGGGAAAGGACCCCCUAUUUAAUAAAUGGUGUUAGAAAAACUGGCUAGCCAUACGCAGAAAACUGAAACUGGACCCCUUCCUUACAUCUUAUAUAAAAAUUAACUCAAGAUGGAUUAAAAACUUAAACAUAAGACCUAAAACCAUAAAAUCCCUAGAAGAAAACCUAGGCAAUACCAUUCAGGACAUAGGUGUGGGCAAAGACUUCAUGACUAAGACACCAAAAGCAAUGGCAACAAAAGCCAAAAUUGACAAAUGGAAUCUAAUUAAACGAAAGAGCUUCUGCACAGCAAAAGAAACUAUCAUCAGAGUGAACAGGCAACCUACAGAAUGGGAGAAAAUUUUUGCAAUCUAUCCGUCUGACAAAGGUCUAGUAUCCAGUGUCUACAAUGAACUUAAACAAACUUACAAGAAAAAAACAAGCCCAUCAAAAAGUGGGUGAAGCAUAUGAACAGACACUUCUCAAAAGAAGAUAUUUGUGUGGCCAAAAAACAUAUGAAAAAAAGCUCAUCAUCACUGGUCAUUAGAGAAAUGCAAAUCAAAAUCACAAUGAGAUACCAUCUCAUGCCAGUUAGAAUGGCAAGCAUUAAAAAGUCAGGAAACAAGAUGCUGGAAAGGAUGUGGAGAAAUAGAAAUGAUUUGCACUGCUGGUGGGAGUGUAAAUUAGUUCAACUUUUGUGGAGACAGUGUGGUGAUUCCUCAAGGAUCUAGAACCAGAAAUAGCAUUUGACCCAGAAAUCCCAUUACUGGGUAUAUACCCAAAGGAUUAUAAAUCAUUCUACUAUAAAGACAUAUGCACAUAUAUGUUUAUUACUGCACUAUUUACAAUAGCAAAGACUUGGAACCAACCCAAAUGCCUGUCAAUGAUAGACUGGGUAAAGAAAAUGUGCCACAUAUACACAAUGGAAUAAUAUGCAGCCAUAAGAAAUAAUGAGUUCAUGUCCUUUGCAGGGACAUGGAUGAAGCUGGAAACCAUCAUUCUCAGCAAACUAAGACAGGAACAGAAAACCAAACACCACAUGUUCUCGCUCAUAAGUGGGUGUUGAACAAUGAGAGCACGUGGACACAGGGAGGGGAAUAUCAAACACCAGGGCCUGUCAGGGGGUCAGAGGCAAGGGGAGGGAUAGCAUUAGGAGAAAUACCUAACGCAUGUGGGGCUUAAAACCUAGAUGAUGGGUUGAUGGGUGCAGCAAACCACCAUGGCACAUGUAUACAUAUGUAAUAAACCUGCACGUUCUGCACAUGUAUCCCAGAACUUAAAGUAUAAUUUAAAAAAACAUGGCGGCCAGGCAUGGUGGCUCAUGACUGUAAUCCCAGCACUUCAGGAGGCCAAGGCAGGCCAAUCACCUGAGAUCAGGAGUCCGAGACCAGCCUGGCUAACAUGGCAAAACCCUGUCUCUACUAAAAAUACAAAAAUUAGCUGAGUGUGAUGGUGGGUGCCUGUAAUUCCGCUACUUGGGAGGCUGAGGCAGGAGAAUCACUUGAACCCAGGAGGCAGAAGUUGCAGUGAGCCAAGAUCAUGCCAUUGCACUCCAGCCUGGGCAACAAGAGUGAAACUCCAUUUCUAAAACCAAUAACAACAACAACAACAACAAAGAGGCAACUUUACACUCAUGAUAAUGUCACUUCCCUCUCUCCCUUAUCAUAGUAGUAGAGAUAAAAUUGUGUUUCAGUAAAAACUGGAUUCAAACCCUGUCUCAAGUCCUGAGCUUUGGGACCUAUUGAGUAAUCGGUAAAUGUUUGUAUUCAGCUAAGCCUCUAAAUCCUUGAGCAACAACAACAACAACAACAACAGGUCACUCUGGGUCAUGUCCCUGGCUUCUUCUGAAUUCAAAAGUUUUUAUAUGAUAGUAUAUAAUUCAAAAGGAGUUUUAAACAUUACUCCAUUAAUCUUGCUCAAACAAAUUUCAUGCUUUUUUCCUCAUUAUUCUAAUUUUUAGAAGUCUACUUCUGAAAGUAAAGUAAGUUUUAAUUUCCCAUCAACAAGUUUGAGAAAUUAUCAUUUGGUAUAUUCACUAUUAGUGAAAUAAAGGUUUAUUGAGCAAACUAAUAGGGCACAUUGGCUUCAAGAAAAGAUUUUGAAAAAUGUUUAUUACGGGUUAGUAGUGCACUGUUGUCAAUGGGGUAGAUGGAACUCAUUGGGAUCACUUUUGCAAGGUUUGUUUUCAAAAUACAUGUCUGCAAACAUUUGUGUCUUCCCACCUCAACCUUCCCUCUAUCUCUAGGUACUGAGAAGCCCUUUAGGAAAAUUGGAAUGGAUGUGAGGCAUCGUCAUGUGAAGAAAAGCAUCCCAGAAGGUUCUGAUUUUCACACCAACUCAAUCAUUCCAAACUUUGCUGCACUUUGAAAUCACCAGGGAAAUUUUUAACAAUAACUCUGAUGCCCAAAGUCCUACCCAAUGCUAAUUAAUUAAAUAAAAAAGUCUCAUGUUGAAAAUAAGGCAGUUAUUAAAGCUCCUCAGUUGAUUUUAAUGUGCAGCAAAGUUUGAGAGACACUGCUUAAUUUGAAUUUAGGACGAGAAACUGCUCCGAUUUAGCGGGACCUUGGGCAAGUCAGUUUUAAGGUUUCUUUCCCUAAUCUGUAAAAUGAGUUUUGGAUUAAAUGUCAUAUAAGGUCAUUGGUCCUUUCCAGCAUGUAACUUCAAAUUCUGUGAUUUUAAAAUGAUUUUAGAGAUGAAAACUAUUUGAAGCACUAUAGACAUAUCCAUCUUAAAUGCUAAUGUUACAGGCUUUUUAAAAAGUGUUAAUAUUGUAUAGACCUGUUAUUAAAAUUCAGAUUUGCCU